UCCUCCUCAAGAAAAUGAGUGCUAGUAUGUACCAAGUAUCUACCGAGCUCCAGCCCGCUAACGUCACCUGCAACGUGUCGUCGCCAUGCCUGGAGCUGCCCACCUUCAGCACUGCCGCCAAAGUCCGGGUGAUCGUCACCUUCAUCUUGUGCGGCGUGUCGGCCUUCUGCAACCUCGCCGUGCUGCGUGUAGCCUACGUGGACGGAAAGCGCAAAUCCCACGUUCGGGUUCUGAUAGUCAACCUGACGCUAGCUGACCUCCUGGUGACGUUCGUGGUGAUGCCCGUGGAUGCGGCGUGGAACAUCACGGUGCAGUGGCUGGCGGGUGAUUUUGCCUGCAGGCUCCUGAUGUUCCUCAAGCUUCUGGCCAUGUACUCGGGUGCUUUCGUCACCGUGGUGAUCAGCCUGGACCGCCAGUCGGCUAUUCUCAACCCGCUGGCCAUCAACGAGGCCCGGAAGAGGAACAAGUUCAUGCUGGUGGUUGCGUGGACCAUGAGCGUUUUGCUCUCCAUCCCUCAGCUGUUCCUGUUCCACAACGUGACCAUCAAGUAUCCCGGGGACUUCACGCAGUGCACCACACGAGGAAAUUUUGGGAGCCAUUGGCACGAGACAGCGUACAACAUGUUCACUUUCUUCUGCCUCUUCUUGCUGCCCCUGGCUAUCAUGAUCACGUGUUACACCAGGAUCUUCGCUGAGAUCUCCAAGCGCCUGAAAAGGGACAACGCUUUCUCCACUGAGGUCCAAUUGCGCUGCUCCAAGAACAACAUCCCCAGAGCUCGGAUGAGGACUCUAAAGAUGAGCGUGGUGAUCGUGUCUUCCUUCAUCGUCUGCUGGACUCCUUAUUACCUGCUUGGCCUGUGGUACUGGUUCUUCCCUGAUGACCUGGAAGGGAAGGUCUCCCACUCGCUCACCCACCUCCUGUUCAUCUUCGGGCUCGUCAACGCCUGCCUGGACCCGCUCAUCUACGGCCUGUUUAGCAUUCGCUUCCGCAAGGGUCCCCUCCGCAAGUCCCACUGCAGUUCACGAGCGGCCACGGACACCAAUACGGUUAUAACGGGAUCUUUUGCCAGCUCCCCAAAUGUUGUUAUGCUGAAACAAGAGGCGAGUUCCGGUAGCCAGGAGACCUCCCCGAUGUGUGAUAGCGGGACGCCGGGGACCGACAACCGCUUCCUGACAACAAGCAACAUAGUACACAAAGAUCUGGAGAGCAUCAUAUGAAGGGAAUACAAAUGGGACAAUUGGGUUGGCUGAUAUUAGUUUUUAUUUGUAUAUAUUUACAUGUAUAGACAAUUGUAACACACAAAGCAAAGUCCAUACAGGGAUGC